GGUGUUCACAGUGACAGCAGUGGCCCAGCUGUGUGUGUUGGGUACUAUGUGGAUAUUUGGAGUGUUCCAGUUCCAAGAGGAGGGGACAGUGGUCAUGACAUAUCUCUUCACUAUCCUCAACUCUCUACAGGGAGCACUGCUGUUCAUCAUGCACUGCCUACUGAACAAAACGGUGAGAGAGGAGUAUUGCAAGCUGCUGUCUUGUAUCUGCACACCACAGAAGAAGAGAUACUCAGAGGUCAGCACUACCAACCCUUCUUCCAGCCAAUCCCAGGGGUCAAGGAGCGCAGAGAACACGGGGGAGUCGCAGAUAUGACGUCACCAAACCCCCAUAAUGCACCUCUUUACCCCUCCUCCCAUGACAAAGGUUCCCACUAGAUGUUCAAACUGUAAAGUCAAAAUGGUCAAUAUCGUAAACAUUUAUGAAAACAAAUAUUUGUGUUUAGCGGUGUGGUUAAGAUAUAUUGUAGAAAUGGGAAGUGUUUCUGAUUUAGUAUCUUGGCCAGAGAGUGACACACCAGAAACACUCAGCCCGAGGAUAGUACAUUUCAGACCAGGUUAGCAGAAAAUGUGUCCAACUAGCCCGCCGGAUAGUAAAAAUGGUAGUCCACUAGCCAGGUUGGCCAGUACCCAAAAUCCUUCAGUUCCAUCCCUGAUUAGACACUUCAUAUCAAACUUGAUGUUAAUUAACCACUCUUAUCAAGCAUUAGGUUAUCCAAUCAGAAGUUAUAUGAUCUUCAUGUCAUCCAAUAGGAAUGAGUAUGAUCUUUAUGUCAUCCAAUUAGAAAUUAUAUGAUCUUCAUGUCAUCCAAUAGGAAUCCAUAUGGUCUUUAUGUCAUCCAAUCAGAAGUUACACGAUCUUCAUGUCAUCCAAUAGGAAUCUAUAUGAUAUUUAUGUCAUCCAAUCAGAAGUUACAUGAUCUUCAUGUCAUCCAAUAGGAAUCUAUAUGAUAUUUAUGUCAUCCAAUAGGAAUCUAUAUGAUAUUUAUGUCAUCCAAUUUCACAACCACAAAAGAAAGGUACUAUUUUCCACCACUUGGAUGAAACCAUAAACGUGAUGAACAGAAGCUUUCUUCCUCUACAUGAAUGUGAUAGAUUUAUAGUCAUAUUUAUUACCAAGGGAACAAGGAUAUGGUGACUUUUCUACACGAUUAAAUCCAAAGGGAUUUAGAAAAACAUUAAGUGAAGAUUUGUGUUAGUUGUGACCUAAUGGACUGUUAUACUGUUAUACUGUAAAUGUGUAUUGAUCUUUAACACUUUUUUAAAUAACAUUUAAGAAUAAGUCUUUAUAAAUGAAUAUACAUGUUUAUAAAUUAUUAUAAAUGUUGUACAUUUUUUAUGAAUGGAAAGCUGGUAAUAUUUACACAUUCUUAUACAUUUUUACAAAUAUAAUUGUGAAUCGUUUAUAAAUCGUUAAAAGGUUUAUUCGUGAUAGUUAUUAUCAAGUGUUACCAUGGACACCUCUAUGUACCUCUACUACUGUUAAAAAGCUUGGGGUCACUUAGAAAUGUCCUUGUUUCUGAAAGAAAAGCACAGCCUUUAUCAACAGGAUUUCAGAAAUCCCAGUGGUAAGAUUUCCACAAUCAGGAGGGAAAAAACAGGAAAUCCGGAUUCUCCAACUGGGAUUGGUCACUCAUGGCUCCACCUUAAAACAUUAAAACUCCACCUUAUCACUGGCCAAUGAAAUAUAGUGUAGCAAUCCUGACCUGGACUUAAACUUAGGUAAGGCAACUGUUAACCUAACAAAUUAGCCGCUAUGCCAAGAGAUCCGAACAGCUUGACGAGGUUUCUAGGUGUUGGGUUAAAGUGGUUUCAAUAGUUGUAUAGGUUUAGGAAUAAAGGAGUAACAAUGUACUGUACAGUUCUGCCAUUGUAGAGGUCCUUAGGCACAGAUCUAGGAUCAGAAUACAGUAAAUUACUGUACAGUUCUGCCAUUGUAGAGGUCCUUAGGCACAGAUCUAGGACCAGAACACAGUAAAUGUACUGUACAGUUCAGUAGAGGUUGUCCUUAGGCACAGAUCUAGGAUCAGCUUAUCCAACCCAAAACCUAACUUAAAGGGCUAUCCAGGAUUGGUAUAUCCAGUUUUUUUAACUUUUAAAUUAUUGAUUUAUUGCUCUUGGUUCAUGUAGAAUAUAACUUAAAACUGCCUUGUGACCAGGUCAACAGUCGUUCCCCAUCAGAACAUUGUAGAAAAUAAUUUAAAACUGCCUUGUGACCAGGUCAACAGUCGUUCCCCAUCAGAACAUUGUAGAAUAUAAUUUAAAACUGCCUUGUGACCAGGUCAACAGUCGUUCCCCAUCAGAACAUUGUAGAAUAUAAUUUAAAACUGCCUUGUGACCAGGUCAACAGUCGUUCCCCAUCAGAACAUUGUAGAAUAUAAUUUAAAACUGCCUUGUGACCAGGUCAACAGUCGUUCCCCAUCAGUACCCCAACUAUAAGCUUGUUUUCACUCCAUUGUUUGUCCACAAUGUAAAGGUUUAAAACAUGGUUAAAAGUAUCAUGUUGAUCCCAUGGAUGGUCAGUCCUUGCAUCCAGAGAUCCAUCUGUGAUGUUGAGAGUGGUUAAAUCUAUCCAGGCCCAUCCCUCAGCUGUUAACCACAACAAGUGAUGGGAUGACCUGUUAGUUGCUUUUUAAAUCCCAGACUGCCCCUUUAAGGUUCCACCCUAGAACUUGGUCUCAGAGUAACCAUGGAGAUUCAGUAGAGUCUUAAAACAAUCUAAACAACGUCUACAUUCAAUGUUGUGUGUUUUAUAUUCUAUUCUGUUGCACUUUUACUUCGACAAGUUGUGUAUUUUAUACUUUUUAGAGAACGUACCAUUUUCAUGUCCUUUAUCAACACCGUUCUGAAUGUAAGCACUUAGUGUUGUACUUGACUGUGUACUCUGUAGUGUGUGUGUGUGUGUGUGUGUGUGUGUGUGUGUGUGUGUGUGUGUGUGAGAGAGAGUGGGUAUGUUUCGGUAGCUUUAGCCACAAUAAAACGUUGCUACAAAUAA